UACGUAAAUAAUAAUAUAUGGAUCAUCAAAGAUCAAAAUUUCAUCAAACAGUAAAAAUUGUAUUUCGUAUUUAUUUUUAAUAUUCAGUUUAUCAAUAUUAAGUCAUAUAUUAACAUUCUUAAAACUUAAUUUUUUUUGUAUUAUGAUCCAAUUUAUAAUAAUUUGUAUUAUAAAAUUUUGCUUAUUAUAUUUUGAUUUCUUCAAUACAAUGUUGUUUUUUGAAAAAAUAUAAAAUUUCUUUUUAUAUGAUAAAGUUUUUCAAAAUUGUGAUAUUUUAAGACAAUUAUACAAAAAUUCUUUGAUCUUACUAUAAAUCAGAGUUGUUUACUAGAAGAAAAAAGGUAAAUUGAGUAUUCAUUUUUCUUGGCAGUAUUUUUUCUGUAUAAAUGUAAUCUAAAAAUAUAUGGCUGGUAUUCAUAAUUGAUACUUAUAUUUAAAAUUGUUUUAAGUAUAUUGCCUUAAAAUGUCGUUAACCAAUCACAGAAUCGUAUUAGCAUCUUAAGACAUUACUUGAGACGGUUUUAAAGUAAGAUUCGACUAUGAAUAUGAGCCUAUAUGGUACAAUUUGAUUUUAAGGAACUUUUAAAAAGCUGAUCCUCCAAUUGUUUUAAGCGGUGCAUUGUAGAUUGAUAAAAAACAAAUGACUCGCAGAGUAUACUAGACCUGAUGUUACGUUUCAUUCCCUUGACAGAUAAUGCAAAGAUAUACAAUAUUUUGAUAACAAAUCUAUACGAGGAUUGAAAGUAUGUGAAUGACGCGUGGCUUUAAUUCGAUCCGCAUGACGAACCAUUUAUUUCUCAGAACCUGUCGAUUUUGGCAACUCCCAAGAGAUGGACUUCCAUAAAUCUUUUGUAAUAGAUUUUCUGGCAGGCGGUCUGUCCGCGGCGAUUGCGAAAACAGCAGUUGCUCCUCUCGAAAGAGUAAAAUUGUUGCUGCAGGUGCAGCAUACCUCGAAACAGAUAAGACCUGAACAACAAUACAAGGGUAUGAUAGACGCGCUAGUGCGUAUACCUCAGGAAACGGGAUUCAUCAGUUUCUAUAGGGGUAAUCUCGCCAAUGUUAUUCGAUACUUCCCAACUCAAGCGCUCAAUUUUGCGUUUAAAGACAAAUUCAAGGCCAUUUUUUUGGAAAACGUUCCAUCAGAUGCUUUCUGGCGACAGUUCGUUGGAAAUCUAGCAGCCGGGGGUGCUGCUGGUGCGACAUCGCUUUUAUUCGUUUAUCCACUUGAUUUUGCUCGUACCAGAUUAGCUGUCGACGUCGGAAAAGGCGAAAAACGAGAAUUUAAGGGUAUAACUGACUGUAUACUGAAAAUCUUUAAAUCAGAUGGAGUUCUCGGAUUGUAUCGCGGCUUCAAUGUCAGCGUGCAAGGGAUCAUUAUAUAUCGCGCGGCAUAUUUUGGAUUUUAUGAUACUACGAGGGGUAUGCUGGCCGAUCCUAAGAGCACACCGUUGUAUAUGAAUUUUAUAAUCGCCGAGAUAGUAACUACAAUGGCGGGUAUUAUGUCCUACCCCUUCGAUACAGUUAGGAGACGAAUGAUGAUGCAAUCAGGACGAAGUAAGGCUGAUAUGAUGUACAGAAAUACACUAGAUUGUUGGAUAAAAAUAACAAGAAACGAAGGUCCUGCAGCUUUCUUUAAAGGUGCAUUCUCUAACAUUCUUCGUGGCACCGGUGGUGCUAUUGUCUUAACGUUGUACGAUACAAUCAAAGAUUCAAUUGAGAAAGCAAUUUCAAAAGAUCCAAAACCUUAGAACUUUAGCUUUAUUGUAGUGCACACAAGGGCUCAUCUUAUAGAAUAUAUACAAUUUAGAAAAAUGUUUGAGUUUUAUACUUAUAAUUAAUAUCUAAGCAUUUAAUUCAAAUGCAAUAAGAAAUAUUAUCAAAAAGAAUUAUAUUAAAAAUAUAGAAAACAUGAUUUCUGUAUUAUUGCUUUCAUAGCUAAAAUUGAAAACUAUCAUAGCACUAAAAUUAUUGAAAUUUCUCCGCGAAUUAGCUUUAUGGUGGAUGUAAUUUACAUAUUAACUUUUUUUACACAUAUAAAGUAAUAAAUAUCACACUUAAGAUAUUUAUUCAUGAACACUUCUGAUAAAAAAAAAAACAUCUGCUUGUCAUAAUGUCAUUUAAUUACACGAUUAAUACAUAUUUAAUAAUUUAUUGUACUUUAUGAUCAAAAUAAAUUAUAAAAUCUGAAUA